AUGUCAGAUAAACUAAUGGAGCUGGGUCUGAUUGCGAAUUCUGCCCGUCUUAUGGUUCACACAGUGGCCACAUUCAAUUCCAUCAAGGAGUUGAACGAGCGUUGGCGGUCCCUGCAGCAACUGGCUGAGGAGCGAAGCCAGCUCUUGGGCAGUGCCCAUGAAGUACAGAGGUUCCACAGAGAUGCUGACGAAACUAAAGAGUGGAUUGAGGAGAAGAACCAGGCUCUGAACACCGACAAUUACGGCCACGACCUAGCCAGUGUCCAGGCCCUGCAGCGCAAGCACGAGGGCUUCGAGAGGGACCUGGCAGCUCUCGGUGACAAGGUAAACUCCCUCGGGGAGACGGCCCAACGCCUGAUCCAGUCUCACCCUGAGUCCGCGGAGGACCUAAAGGAGAAGUGCACUGAGUUAAACCAGGCCUGGACCAGCUUGGGGAAGCGUGCGGACCAGCGCAAGGCCAAGCUGGGCGAUUCCCAUGACCUGCAACGCUUUCUUAGUGACUUCAGGUAA